AUGGCUUCCGAACAGACCGUCGAGAUCUCCUACACCCACCCCGAGACCCAGCCACCAGUCUACGUAGCCGCCUCGCUGACCUCCCCGCCAUGGGAGCCGUACGAGAUGGACAUUGACGAUAAGAAGACCGACGCCGGCGACCUCAUCUUCCGGAAGCAGUUCGAGCAUGUCAAGGAGGGCGAAUAUCAGUACAAGUUCCGCCUAGGGCCGGGGGAUUGGUGGGUGCUGGACGAAACGGCAUCAGUCGUUACCGAUGAUGCAGGUUUCCGAAACAAUCUGCUAGUCGUAAAGGCACCGACUCCCGCGCUCUCAGCACCCAGCGAGCCCGAAAAGACCGUACAGCCCACAUCCGAGCUACCCAAAGCUCCGCCUGCACCAAUGUCUACCGAAGAUCUGGAAACCCAUAUAGCAGAUCAAGCCACCGAGGCGGCGAUGUUCCUACAGGAGCCUAAGACCGAGCACACACAGACACAGCCCCAGAAACAGGUAGAAGAAACCCCCGCGGCAUCCCAAGAAUCGGUCCCCAUACCUUUCACCGUAGUGGAGAAAGUCCCAGACCAACCUCAGCCCGAAUACGGCGACAUCGAGGCCGAGUCCCUACACGAGAAGAAGGACCAGCGCUCAGCUGAUGCCGAGCCGGACGCAGUUCAUGAGCUUCCAGGGGACAAUGCGGAGACCGAGCAGAGCGCACCCGAGUCCGACGCGCCCCCUGCCAUCCCAACACUCAUCGUCGAGAAGACAGACGACGAGCCUCGCCAUGGCGACGACAUGGGCCCCGACGCAACAGCUGGCCAGAAAGAAGCGCAUGAGAAGCGGUUGGCAGACGCCGAACCUGACGCGGUCGUCAUCACGCCGGACCCGGAGGACCAAACAGACACAGACGAGGACGACGUUCCUGAAUGCGAGCGCUCUCCAAUGUUCCGCCACGAGUCCUUCCGGGACGAAGACCACGUCGAAGACUCCGACGAUGACGGCGACAUGUCCGAGCUCGAACGCGUCCCAACCUUCAAGCACGAAACUUUUGAAGACUCCGAAGACGAGGCCACAAGCCCGUAUCCAGACGCACCAGUCACGUCGGGCCCGACGCCUCUCUUCGCUUUCGAGCGCUCGACCAGCAACCACGACCUCGCUAUCAUGAACUCCCAUGACGAGGACGACGAGGAGGUCGACCUCAACGAUCCCUCGCUAGAGAAAUUCCCGACAGAUCGCGCGGAGAUAUACAGACAUAUCGCACGCACGGAGUCCCGACUACAGGAAGACGAGCCCGCCGAGCCGACUUCGCGACCUUCGUCGAGGCCCUCCUCCCCGCUCGAGACGAGGCAUUCCUUCAACUCGGCGGCCAUUUCUGUCGAGUCGAGCUCGCCGCUCGGGGCCGUUCCGGAAGCCGACGAACUGGAACUCGAGGAGGAAGAUCUGCCCUCCCCGGCACUCGCGAGAGACCAGCAGCAUAGCACGGAAAGUGCGGAAAGUGGGGAGAGCGCACCGGGGCAGUCGGAUGGCUCCCAUGACGUCCCCACCCCCGCUGCCGACAAUGCGGCACCGUUGACGCCGCCGAUGACGCCGAAGGGCUUCCUGCUGGAUGAGACGAAGCCUGCCGCGUUGACGGAGAGACGGGCUAACGAGUCGUCUGCCAAAUCGGCCACCGCAGAGCCCGAGGGGCUCCGCAGGCGGAAAGGUGACGAGGACAAGGGCGCUGAGGUUGCGGAGAGGGAGGUGGAGAGGGCUUCGUCUUCAGAGACGGAGAGAGAAGGGGAGACGGAAAGGGAGAGACAGCCAGCUCAUGAGAGCGUCGGGUUUUUGGCUGCAAUCUGGCGCGCCAUCUUCGGCAGCUUGAGGAGGUGGUUUGAGGGUUUGUUUGGGACGAGGAGGGCGGUUGGGGCUACUGCGUAA